CUGUAGUGUACAACCUAUGAUCUCCUGGAGCGAGGCAUGGAGGUCCAUAUUGUGGCAGAUGCUGUCUCCUCUCGAAGUCAGACAGAUCGUCUUUUUGCACUGUCGCGACUGAAGCAGAGUGGGGCGUUUCUCACCACUACAGAGGGAGUUUUAUUACAAUUAGUGCAGGAUGCUAAGCAUCCCAACUUUAAAGAGGUUUCUUUGUGUCUGAAUGAGAGCAUAACGAGGAAGCGCUGAGAUUCAGAAACUCUUGGCUCACCCCUCCCCUGAUACAGGCCUGCUGGCCUUCUUCAGCUCUCUAUAGGGCCAGUCACACACCACACCCUGCAGACAUAAUUACAUAAAUUACUAAAAAUCAGCACAAACUGCUCUCUGAACCUGUUGGACUCAUGUGAUCUUUGAACAUUUGCGUAUUCAAUUAAAUAUUUACUUCCAUGGAAACACAAAUAUUUUAAAUUUCAAAAAGUUGUCAGAUGGUUCUAAAAUUCGGUGUCAGAAGAACAGUAAGAUUGUUGGUAACGCUAAAAUAAGGCUCUGCAUGUUAACAUUAGUUAAUGCAUUAGAUAUCAUAAACUAACAAUAAGCAUAUUUUACACCAUUUAUGGUAACAUUUACAGUAAAAUCCCACUAUUUAAUGUUUGUUAAUGCAUUAACUAACAUUGUUCAUUGUUAGUUCGUAUUAGCUCAAGUCCUUAAAAUGAUAUUAACAGAUACAGCUUUUGAUUUGAAUUAGUAGUGAUCUAUUAGUACAUUAAUUAACAUUAACUAAAAUUAAUAAAUGCUUUUUAAAAUAAUAAGUAUUUUUCAUUGUUAGUUCAUGUUAACUAAUGUUAGCAAAUGGAACCUUGUUAUAAAGUGUUGCCGCAUUGAUUAAUCUAGGUUCAUUUUAAUUUAUAAAUAUACUAUUUUGGUAACACUUUACAAUAAGAUUUCAUUAGUCAACAAAUUAAGUUAACAUGAAUAAAGAAUGAACAAUACUUCUGCAGCAUUUAUUAAUCUUAGUUAAUGUUAAUUUCAAUUAUUAAAAUCAAAAGUUGUAUUUAACAUUAAUGCACCAUAAACUAACAUUAACAAACAAUGAAUGACUGUAUUUUUAUUAACUAACAUUAACAAAGAUUAAUAAAUACUGUAACAAAUGUAUUGUUCAUUGGUAGUUCAUAUUAGUUAAUUAACUAAUGUUAACAAAUGAGACCUUAUUGUACUUAGUUCAUGUUAACUUGCAUGUUAAGUGAUAUAAAUGUAUAAAACCUUAUUGUAAAGCAUUGCCAAAUGAUUAUAUUCUGUACAUGCAUCACUAUAAAAUAAGAAUAAAAUAUUAUGUGUUAGCCUCUUGGUUAUUCAUAUGCUGUUAAUAUGUGUGUGAUACCUAACAUGUUUGUUUUUUGCCCCUUUGCAUUAUGAAAUGUGUCAAGUGCGAAAUCCACCAGGAUGCAAAGAUCACUGUGUCAUAAGACCAAGAAAAUCUCAAUGGAAAUUAUUACAGUGGUUUCCCGCCUGUAGCUCGACUCCUCUCCUAUUUCAGCAGUGAAACAGGAACUUACUCGCCAGUAAAACACUGAAAGCGCAGCCAUGAGAGGAGGAGGAGAGAACGAGAGAGAGGAGGAGGAACAUACCAAGUUCUCAAAUGUCACAUGGAGGGUGGAGUGUGUGACGUUCAACACGGGCAGAAAGGGAGGGGAAAGAGAAAGAAAGGGAAGAACUUUUUCCGACAGUUUUUUUUCUUCUCCCAAACACUAAUUUCAAACAAAACGUGUUAACUUACACGCUUCAAGCAGCGAAUGAAUGCAGCGAUAAACAUAGAAGAGCGACAAAGGACAAAUAAACGUUUGCUGAGAUCCCUCAGCUGCCUCUGUGCAGCAGAUGACAGCAUUAAAAAUUGACAGGGUGAAGUCGGUGGCCUUUUGACAGGAUUGAGACAUCCCCUUAAGCAUGACUUCUGAACUGGACUCUAGUUUAACCAGCAUUGACUGGCUUCCUCAGCUGGGAAUCAGCACCUUGCGAUCAGGGAAAGAAAGAGUGGAACGAAAAAAAGAACGAGGAAGAGAGAAGGACAUCCCUCCCAUACCUACACCGUCCCCUGGAUCUAAUUCCAAAGUGAAGCCCCCCCACAGCUACGCCACUCUGAUAGCCAUGGCAAUAAGUUCUGCUCCUGAAAUGAAGCUGAGUUUGAAUGAUAUUUACACAUGGAUCAGUAAUACAUUUCCUUACUACAGCAGAGCAGGAAGAGGAUGGAAGAACUCAAUUCGGCACAAUUUGUCCCUCAACAAAUGUUUCCGGAAAAUUCCUCGACCACAGAGCGAUCCUGGGAAGGGGUCAUACUGGACGAUGGAUGUACCGCCUGACUCAUCUCAACCCAGAGGGGUCAAACGUCCUUAUCCUAAAGAAGAGGAGGAUCCAUCCUCGGAGGCCGAAGUACCUGUCAAUCAACCGGAGCCCCUCCCACCUCAGCCAGACACCAAAAGCAUGUUCUCCCCCCCUCCUUGCAAGUCAUUGUUUCCACAGCAACGUCCAAGUGCCCCCAUACCUACAUCUCUUCCUUCGAACCCUCAUGCUGAUCCCCCUCUCCGAUUCUCCUUUGCUGAUUUGAACCUACCGGAUCUGUACAAUUCCUUUCAGUCCCUCUGUCGCUCCGUGAGAGGGAGAGUCACCUCACAAUCGGACGUUCCCAAUUUACUUGGAUUUACCCAUGAUAGUACACCACUCCACACCCCAACCCUGCCUCCUCUCUCCCCCUGCCCCUGUCCAAACCCCAAUAUUAACCAGUAUACCAACCCAAACUCUACUUUUAACCCAAACCUCAAUACCAACGGCAACUUCAACCCAAAUACACCCAAUACUAACUCUAGUUUUAUCCCCAACCUAAACCAAAACCAGAACGCUAACAUUCAUCCAACCUCCAACACUGAACCUGACAAGCUGCUACACGGUAAUGUUGUUCCUGCAGACUGGUUCAGUAACGCUGACUCUUUGAGAGAGAGUUUCAGAAUUGCUAGUAGUCUGGACUGGGCUAACAUUGACCUCACCUGUCACCCUGACCUGGUAGAGAGCAUGCGUCAGGCCGAGCUCUGUGACUGGGCAUUGGAUUCAGCUCUCUUCACCUCACUCUGUGAUUCACUCAACCGUUUCUUCACUCAGAAGGGUCUCAUUGGCUCGUCUUCUAGUGGCCCCUCCUCUUUUGCACAAAUGGCCCCACCUCCUCUCAAUAUUCCGCCCACUAACCCUCCCACCCUGGCUAGUUUAACUCAACCCUCUCCACUCAUAUACUCCUCCCAGCUCCCUCCUGGCACUGGUGAACCUCCUCUCCAAAGUCCCAGGAGAACCCUGACCCCUCACACCCACAACCAGACAGCACAAAGACCACCAGGGCUGCAGCCCACCACGAGCCAGCCUCUGACUCCUAACGCACUUCAAACUCAACCACUGACCCCAACAGGUCAUCCACCUUUGAAGAAUCUUCAUAGCAACAGUGAAGAAAUCCAGGAUGAUUUUGAUUGGGAUUCACUGAUUGAAUAAUUUUGUUGGCAGAUAUACACACAUGAAUACACAGUAAGAGAAGACAAUUAUUGAGAAUAGUGAUCAGUAUGUGUCAAGGUGGUGAGGCCAACUCAUUCAUCUUGUUUCAUGUGCAUAUUCAACAAAAGCAGCACCAUCUUAACAAUGACUAUCAUUCAGGUGUUUGUUUCCUUUUAGUUCAGUUCUGCCUUACAAUUUAUUUGGCACAAUGGUGCUGCUAUAGUCAGCUGCAUGUUGAUAUGCUGGUUAACAAUGAUAACAAGCAUCAAAGUGUGAGGUUAACCAAAACGUGCAAUGCAAUAUAUUCAUCAUGUUUGUUCCUCAACUGCUCCUGACCUUAAAGGUUAGGGUGGAUCAAUCCUGAUAAUGUUUUUUAUUAAUGUAACAUCCCUUUUCUCUUAGCUCACGCUACACACACACCCGACUGCCUUUUACGUCAGCGUAUUACAAUGUAAAUAAUGUUAGCACUUCCAAAGCCUUAGCCAACUGACAAUGGUUUUUGCUGAAUGUUGAUCUACUGUCACAGUUCAGUACUUAUUGAAAGAAGUUUUUGACCAAAAAUAGCAUGUACACAAUUUGUGGGAGAAUAAAUGGAGUUUAACAGUACAGAGAUAUAUUAUGACAAUACAUAUGGGUGUAUAUUGACUGAAACCGAUCAACAUUUAUUGCUUGAUAUUACUACAUUUUGUCACAUAGAUGUUCCUCCCUAAUGGGAUAUGCUGUCUUCAGUUAAAAACAAAUAAAAGGAAAUGCUUAA